AUGGCAUCUCAUGAUUCUCUUCUAUCUUUUGCUUCGUUACCUUCUAUACUCAUCGCCAUUAAUAUUGUUCUUUGUAGCUUCUCUCUCAGUACUUCGGCUGCUCUCAAUAAUGGCGGCUUCAGCGUGGAUCUCAUCCACCGCGAUUCCCCUGACUCUCCCUUCUACAACUCUUCUGAAACUCCAUUGCAGCGCACAGCCAAGGCUGUGCGCCGUUCCAUCAACCGUGUCAAUCAUUUUAAGCCAAGUACUCGAUCUUCAAUUUCUCCCAAAUCAGUUGAGUCGGAAAUUAUCCCAGAUAAAGGCGAAUACCUGAUGAAAUACUCUGUCGGCACGCCACCAGUACCAGUCCUCGGGAUUGCAGAUACGGGUAGUGAUCUGAUUUGGCUGCAAUGCAAGCCUUGCACCGACUGUUACAAGCAAGCAUUCCCGCUUUUUGAUCCAGGAAAGUCCACAACUUUCAAAAAAGUCGCCUGCAAUUCAAGGGAAUGCGAUUCUUUAGGACUAAUAUCCUCUUGCUCAUCAGCAUCAUCAUCUUGCGUAUAUUCAAUGUCUUAUGGUGAUCUAUCAUUCUCAUAUGGGGACCUUGCUUUCGACACACUCACGCUCGGAUCAUCAUCAUCAUCAUCUGCGAGCGGCUCCCAACCUGCGUCAUUUCGUAAUAUUGUCGUAGGCUGUGGACACCACAACGGUGGAGUCUUUGGUGGCGACGGCUCCGGCAUUAUCGGCCUUGGUGGAGGCAUGGUUUCCCUUGUUUCCCAACUGGGUUCUUCUGUUGAUGGUAAAUUCUCCUACUGCUUGGUGCCCCUAGACAGUAACCGCUCAAGUAGAAUGAGUUUUGGUAGUGAUGCUAUAGUUUCUGGUCCGGAGGUUGUGUCUACUCCCUUGGUAUCCAAAAACCCAGAUACUUACUACUUCCUAACACUUGAGGCCAUCAGUGUUGGGAACAAAAGAUUGGAAUUGGGAUAUUCUUCCCCAUUUGGGAACACUAUAGAAGGCAACAUUAUCAUUGAUUCAGGCACGACAUUAACAAUACUUCCGGCAGGCUUCUACACAAAGUUUGAAUCUGAAGUGGCAGAACAAAUUGAAGCAGAACGCACUCCUGACCCGAGAUAUGUCCUGAGUCUUUGCUACAAAUCUGCAUCUGAUAACAUUGGCGCUCCCAUUAUCACAGCACAUUUCAGAGAUGCAGACGUGCAGCUGAAUCAGUUGAACACCUUUGUUAGAAUAGGCAAGGAGCUUUUGUGCUUGGCUUUUCGUCCGGACGAGAGCGUGUCCAUCUUUGGAAGCUUGGCACAAACGAACUUCUUGGUAGGGUACGACCUCAAGGAGAAGACCGUGUCCUUUAUGCCAACGGACUGCAGCAGGAUGGAUAUGUAA